GCAACGCAGUGUCAACCUCACUUCAAAACACCGCACUCCGGUUUCAAAGCUCCCCUGAAGUUUAAAGUGCAUCUUCGGUGUUGAGCAGAAUGGGUAAGAAAGUAAAGAAAGAGAUUGAAACACCACGCAAAGAGCCGUUUGAGCCAUUACCAUUUGAGAGCAAAACUCCCGCCACAGUGGUCUUGAUGCUGAGCUCACCCGAGGAGGACGUUCUGGCCAAAGCAUGUUAUGCCAUUUAUAAGUUCGCAGAGAAAGGAGAGGAGAACAAGUUGUCACUGCUUGGGCUCGGUGCUCUGCCGCCUCUCUGCCAGCACAUUAACCACGAAGACAAAAGGGUUCGACGCAAUGCCAUCAUGGCUGUGGGCAUGAUGGCGGCCAAUGUUGAUGUGAAAAUUGCUCUAAAGAAACUUGAUGUAAUACCAUCAGUCAUUGAAAAACUGUUGCCUGAGGAGGAGACCGUGGUCCAUGAGUUUGCCACUCUCUGCCUUUCAACAUUGUCGGUGGACUUCGUCUGUAAGGUCCAGAUCACCGAGAACAAGGGGCUGCCAUCUCUGAUCCGGCUCCUGUCUGGUCCCGAUCCAGAUGUCACCAAGAACACUCUGGAGAUCGCCCUGAACCUGGUCCAGGAUCACCCUAACCGUGCGGCCCUGGGAGAGCUGGGGGGGGUCCCCCCACUGUUGGCCCUGGUGAGGUCAGAGUUCCCGGUCAUCCAGCUGCUGGCCCUUAGAAUCCUGGAGAGACUCACCCUCGACCGUGACGCACGCGCAGCCUUCAGAGAGGUGCAGGGCUUCGAGAAGAUCAUGGACUUCAUCAACGACAAGGACCUGAGUGACCUUCACGUGGAGGCCCUCAGGGUGGUGUCCAACUGCGUGGCAGACCGGGAGAGCCUGCUGCUGGUCCACCAGACCGGAGGCCUCAGCCGGCUGAUCCAGCUCGUCGCCCUCUCACCUGCCCCCGCGCUGCCGGAGGUCCAGACCAGCGCUGCCACUUGCAUCGCCAUGGUGGCACGGAGCUCAGAGAACCGGAAGCUGCUCCACGCGCACGACGUGGAGACGGCUCUGGUGGGACUACUGUCCGCUGAGGGAGAUGGUGUGAGGACGGCAGCCUGUCAUGCCGUGGCCACCAUGAGUAUCCAUCUGGUCAGCAAAGACACCUUCAGGGAACUGGAGGCCCUGCAUGUUGUGGUGCAGUUACUGAGCCACAGUUGUGUGGAGUUGCGUCAGGCUGCCGUCCAGGCCCUGUCGAGCCUCACGCACGACAGUCAACUCAACGCUGCUGCUGUGGAAGAGGCGGCCGGGGUGGAGGUCUUGGUGCAGAUGCUCAGCGAGGGCUCCUCCACGCUGGUCAGCCAUGCUGCGGCCACCCUGGCCAACAUGGCCGACCAGGAGCCCCUCCGAUGCAGGAUCCUGACACAUGGGGCCGCGGCAGCGCUGGUUGGGCCCCUGCAGUCCGCCACCACCACCGACAGCCUACUGCAGGUCACGCGAUGCCUGGCCGCGCUCGCAUGCGAGCCACACGCCAGGAAGGAGUUCCGAAAGGCAGGAGGUCUGCCUCCACUUGUCCGCCUCCUUAGCUCACGUCACAAGGAGGUCCGUAGCAAUGCCUGCUGGGCAAUCAGCGUCUGCGCCAAUGAGGAGGCCACGUCAGUGGAGCUCUGCAAGCUAGGGGCGUUGGAAUCGCUCCAGGAGAUCAAUGAAUCCCCGAACCGCAGGAACCGAUUCAGCGAGGUGGCGAUGUUCAGGCUAUUGGCCUCCAACCUGUCGGUUAAAUACUGUGUGACGGGACGCCUGGCCUCCACAGACAUCACCACAGAUGGCUUCUACGAUGCCGGCCCGGUUCGUCCGGGGGAUAAGGUCAUGACUCUUGAGGAGUUGUCCAAGCAGCACGUCAACCGGAGACGACCUGUCCUCGUCGCCAACGCUGCGGCUAAAUUGCAGGCCCAGCCGUCGGAGGAGACCAGGACCUCAAGAGGAAAGAGCAGAGAUCAGAAGGAAGGAGACAAACAACAAAGGGAUGGGGAUGAGAGCAACGACCAACCCGAGCCUGCUCUGGAGAAGCUGUGGCCGCCGCCCUGCGACACUGCAUUCCAGAAGCUUGUGACAGAAGCCACUAAAUCCGUCCUCAUCCUGUGCGAUCCGAGGGAACAAUAUGUCACCCUCGCCAGGCUGGUGAGCGAGGCAUUGGGUGGAGCAGUGGAGACGGACAGACUGCAUGAGUUCCACUGGGAGCUCCACCUGAGUGAACUCAAAUUCAGGCGGCGCUCCAACGUCGUCCCCAUCGGUAGUGUCUGCAAGGGGAUCUACUGCCACAGGGCCAUGCUUUUUAAGUGUUUAGCUGACCGUGUCGGGGUGAGCUGCAGCCUGGUUAGAGGCGAGUAUAACCGGGCUUGGAACGAGGUCCUGCUUCCCGGGGAGACCCAGCCUGGGGCCCCACCAAGACCCCAACCCCGCAGCCUGUAUGUGGUGGACCUCAUGCACCAGCCCGGCUCCAUGCUGAGAGCCAAUACUCCGGCCGCCAUACAGUACCAGAGUAUUUAGAACCCAUGAUGCAAUACAGACAGGUGGAUCUCAAUAUAGACUACUUUCCUACAGUUUCUUUUAUUUCUAUUAUGUGUUGCUUGUUUUGCCAAAUCAUAAUAAAAGAUCAAAGUGGUUCUGCA